AAAAAAAAGAAAGAAAGAAAAAAAGAAAGCGCAAAUGUUGCCAGGAGAAGUGAUGGGCAUGUGAAAUGGCUAUUCGAAUGAGGCCGAGACGCUGUUCGAUGCAAUGCCACAGAGAAACGCUUAACCCGAUGAAUCCGAUCUGUUUCGAUCUGAGCUGAUCCCAAUUAACCCGACCCACCUGAAUCACAAAAUUGUGACCCACUGUUUCUCUCCACCUGCCGCACCCGCUUCCCCCACCCGGAACGCUCUCGCUCGCCCCCUCCCCAUCCCGGUCCCCCUCCCCCUCCCUCUCCCCGCACUCACUCGCCCUUGCUCAGUUAAGUCUUUGCACCUUAGAGCAUUCUUGUUUGGAAUGCCCUCUUUUUCCAUUUUUUUUGCCUUAAGAAAAUUUCGUCUGCCUGAAGCUCCUUGGGUAGAAAGGAGGAUGAGUUCUAGGCCUGUUCCAAGGAGAGAGAGCCCGUGGGGUUUGCCAGAAGGGGACACUCGGCAGCCUCAAGCACACAGAUGCAAUGAUCGGGUAGAGGAUGUGAUUCAGUUCCAGGUCCUUUCAAGCUCUUUUGGCGAUGCAUGCGGUCGAAACCUGGGGAGGAGCCAACCGAACCUUUCUACUACUUGCAGUUGGAUCCACCAAAGAGAGAAGAGGCAAAACUUGAGUGACACAAAUUCACCACUGCAAAGAAACCUUGUUAUAGGAGGAUGAUGUCUUUGAUAUACUUGAAUUUGAUGACAUUAUGUCCUCCAUUUGCUUUCUUCUGACCUUUUUUUUUUUUGUUUCUAAAUCAUGAUAAAUAUCAUUCCCGAACUAUUGGUAGGGAAAGAAUGUUUUCUUAAUUUCCUGGCACAGGUAUUGGCAGGAAUUGGUUGAAACUUUAGCAUGGGCUCAUGAAUGCACAUUA